UUUAAAAAUGCUUAAAAGGUUUUGUUUUAAUAUCUUGGUGAUUAUUAUGUAAAUUGAGAUUUCAUACUUUCGACGGGACAAAAUACAAGAAAGUUUAAAUUUAUAACUUACUACUUAGUAAUUAGCGAUAUUUUAACAUUAACAAAAGAUUAUUAAGGUUUGAUAUUAAUUAACAAUUGAUGUUUGAAUGACAAACAGUGACAAUAACAUGGUAAAAUUCCAACUCUCUUGUUAAAGCCAAACAGUUCAAUCAUUUAAAAAUGCGGCAGCAAUUUCAGUUAUUUACACAGCUUAGUCGCCAAUAAAUCUUCUUAAAAAUAAAUCAACAAGCGAAAUAGACUAAUCGUCUCACACCUACGUAAUCGCAAACAAAAUGGGUGCUAAACAAAAAUUAUAUAUUAUUAAUUUCAAGAUAGCUAGCAUUUAGGCGGUCGUAACGUAUGCAGAUAAAUAGUGUUUUUUUAUUGCAUGACGGAUACAUACGUUGGGCACGGGGAAGGCGGUGUAUUUCCAAAACAUGGCAGGUCAACGCUCCGCGCGAACACGUGAUGCUGUGACGCUAAACAGCGUUCGCUACAAUCAUGGCUCACUCGUCAUUCCUACAUCUAAUCUAAUCUAGCCUACAACGACUCGCCGAAAAAAAUCGCUGUACAUAGUCGCAUACAUAGCAGCAAGACGUGUAACGCGCAAUACUUACAACGAAAUGUAAACGAAUUAUACAAAUAUUUUCACUAUGCGACCACGAUAAAGCGAUCGCCACACCUUCAUACACUGCUUCGGAAGAGUCUGAUAACCUGAAUGCUGCAAUUUAGGUCGUCGCUCCAUUUUUCGGCGUGGAGGACAUCAGUUAGUGAUUCGUGUCAAUGUGUCACACGUACCUGACACAACACUAUGUCAGCCUACGCUGUUUAUCUCUAUAAUAAGGGCGCUUGCUAAAGCAGGUCUAGGUUUAUACCUAUUGUGUGAUUAAUAACACUGAGUCGCCCGCAGCUCGUCAGCUAGUCAACUUUUAAUUACGGUUGAUUAUAUUAAAAAUAGUCCAAGCAAUUUAGUGUUAGUAACAUUUUAAUGUAAUGUAACAUUUAAAAAAUCCUACAUUUGUAGGAUUUUGCAUAAACUUGCUUACAGAUAAUAACAUUUAACCAUCGCAUGGCAAAACAGGAUAUCUAGAACGACUGCCAUUAGAUAAUAUUGCAAAUAACUUUCUCAAGUUCAAAAGUUGCGUAACAAACAGCGAAGUUGUUUUGAUAGAACGAGUCUUCAUAAAUUGAGGGUGUUUUAUCGGCGCGCUACAUUCUGUCGCCGGUGGCUUGACUUUCUGUGCCACGGUUGCGCGCGGGGGCCGCGGCGGGGCGCGGCGGCGCGGGGUGCGGGGCGCGUGACGUCACGCCGACCGUGGCAGUGAGUAGUGAGAGCGGCCGCGUCGCUCGUUCGCUCGCUCUACGUACUCCGCUGACGACGGUCGCGCGCGCGCAACGUACUCGGUUUUACUGCUCGAGCAUCGCGUUAACCCCGUCUCUACAUCACCGGACGAACUCGUGGGACUCGCGUGCUCUUCUCACCUGUUGCAUGGAUUGUGUUGUGACUAGAAAAAGUUGUCGCCGCUCAAACGAGACUUCCGAGUCCUAUUGGAUUGCACGAAAGUCGAGACAGUGGAUAGCGAUUCGUUUUGGUUUGAACGCUGCAUAGACGAGUGGUGUAUGCCCAUAGAGUCGCGUUUAAAUAGUUUAGUGCGAGGAAAAAGUGAAGUGAAAGCCUUCGUCGGAGGAUGUCCCUCGGCGCUCAUAGAUACCGGAGCGUAUGACACGCUCGCCGACAUGAGACGCCGCUGGUAUAACAACGGAGGGUUCCAGACGCUGCGGAUGCUCGAGGAGAGCUCGUCUGAGGUAACAUCGUCUUCUGCGCUUGGAUUACCUCCGGCAAUGGUUAUGUCCCCGGAGUCGCUGGCGUCCCCGGAGUACGGCGGACUCGAGCUGUGGGGCUAUGACGAUGGCAUCACAUACAGCACGGCUCAGUCGCUGCUGGGCACCUGCACCAUGGAGCAGCAGCAGCCGCAGCCCCAGCAACAGCCACAACAAACACAGCCAUUGCCUUCGAUGCCGUUGCCGAUGCCACCUACCACACCAAAAUCAGAAAAUGAGUCGAUGUCGUCAGGUCGCGAGGAGUUGUCACCAGCUUCGAGUAUCAACGGUUGCAGCACAGAUGGCGAGGCCAGGCGGCAAAAGAAAGGUCCCGCGCCUCGGCAGCAGGAGGAGUUAUGUCUGGUCUGCGGCGACAGAGCCUCUGGGUACCACUACAACGCGCUCACAUGUGAAGGAUGUAAAGGUUUCUUCAGGCGGAGUGUCACCAAAAAUGCCGUGUACAUAUGUAAAUUCGGACACGCUUGCGAGAUGGACAUGUAUAUGCGAAGAAAAUGCCAGGAAUGUCGACUGAAGAAAUGUCUUGCGGUGGGCAUGAGGCCGGAGUGUGUCGUGCCAGAGAACCAGUGUGCGAUGAAGCGGAAAGAAAAGAAAGCGCAGAGGGAAAAAGACAAGUUGCCCGUCAGUACGACGACAGUAGACGAUCAUAUGCCACCCAUCAUGCAAUGUGAUCCACCGCCCCCCGAGGCCGCUAGAAUUCUGGAAUGUUUGCAGCACGAGGUGGUGCCGCGAUUCCUCAACGAGAAGUUGAUGGAACAGAACAGAUUGAAGAACGUACCCCCCCUCACGGCCAACCAGAAGUCGCUGAUCGCGAGGCUCGUAUGGUACCAAGAAGGGUACGAACAGCCCUCAGAGGAAGACCUCAAAAGGGUAACGCAGACCUGGCAGUCGGACGAGGAUGACGAAGACUCGGACAUGCCGUUCCGCCAGAUCACCGAGAUGACCAUCCUAACGGUGCAGCUAAUCGUAGAGUUCGCCAAGGGACUGCCAGGCUUCGCGAAGAUCUCACAGUCCGAUCAGAUCACGUUACUAAAGGCAUGCUCAAGUGAGGUGAUGAUGCUGCGAGUGGCACGGCGAUAUGACGCGGCGACGGACAGCGUUCUGUUCGCGAACAACCAGGCCUACACCCGCGACAACUACCGCAAGGCGGGCAUGGCCUACGUCAUCGAGGACCUGCUGCACUUCUGCCGGUGCAUGUACUCCAUGAUGAUGGACAAUGUGCAUUAUGCACUGCUCACAGCCAUUGUUAUAUUUUCUGACCGGCCGGGGCUCGAGCAACCUUUACUGGUGGAGGAGAUUCAGAGAUAUUACCUGAACACGUUGCGGGUGUACAUCCUGAACCAGCACUCGGCGUCGCCGCGCUGCGCCGUGAUCUACGGCAAGAUCCUGGGCGUGCUGACCGAGCUGCGCACGCUGGGCAUGCAGAACUCCAACAUGUGCAUCUCGCUCAAGCUCAAGAACCGCAAGCUGCCGCCCUUCCUGGAGGAGAUCUGGGACGUGGCGGACGUGUCCACGACGCAGCCGCCGCCCGUGGUGCUGGACCCGGCCGCGCCGCUCUAGCCGGGCUCGUGCGCCGCCGCCGCCGCCGCAGGAGAGAACGCUCACAGACUGCCUAGUUUUAGUGAAGUGCACGGACACUGACGUCGGACGUGAUCAACCUAUUUAUAAGGACUGCGAAUUUUACCACUUAAGAGGGUACCCCGUACCCGAUUUCGUACGUAUUCGGUGACCGACGACGAUGAUGUGCGAGAGAUUAGUGAAUAUAUGUGUUGUUGAACGUUUGGAGAAAAUAUAUUAGUGUUGAUCGUUACGGGCCCGCGCCGUCGCCGGCCGGCGAGCCUGGCCGGCGGCCGCCGCGGCUCCGACUUUAUUUCGUUUACGACUGGAUACUGAGUUGGUCACUCGGAUACGACUGUAUGAUAAGACUUCGUUCGAUAAGUACACCUCCUAAAUUACACAUACGUACGUACGUUACGAAAGUUAUUAGACAAAGUAAUAUAUGAAGAGAUGUUUCUAUUGGGUGAGGAGUUGAUAGUUAUGUUUAUUUACCAAAAUUAACAAUAAUGUUGAUUAACCAUUGACUAUAUGAUAUUGUGAUGAGUCGUUCGCUGAGCCCACGUAGUCGUGGCGACCCACGACGUGUUUGUUUAUGUCUAGUUUAUGUGCGGCGUGUUAUCGUGUCCUGUCGACUUUAGUUCCGAUUCAUGUUCCAUCGUCCCGUGCCCGCGUCCCUCAACUAACGAGUUAUUAUAAUUUAUUGCUGUGAUUACAUUUAUAACAUGUUGAUAAUGUACCGUAUGAUAUGAGUAUGUGUUGCUACAAUUCAGAUGUAGCGAGUGUGUCGUCGCUUGCUAGCACACGCGACCGUGUCGUCCCGGACACUCAGCCGGCCAACACAUAUGUUGUACAGUAAUCACGUUACGGAUCACCUCACACGACUUUAGUAUCUAAACGAACCGCGCACCGUAAACACAUAAAGCUUAGGUACUGAAGUCACUAGUUAUCUGAAAGGUCAGUGCAAUUUAAGAUUUCGUUUAUAAUAUACAAUAAAAUUAAUAGACGUUCGUGAAGUAGACUACAUGUGUCACAUUACGCUUAAGUGAACGGAGACAGGUUUGGCACAAUCCCAGUUAUUCGUUCUGGUCCUAAAGUUAUGUAUAAAACCGUUCUACUUAUUUGUUGACUUGGCAUUGCGUGCAUGUCCCACGGCAGCUGUAACGUAGGUAUGGAAAGUAGAGCCUAAAAAUUAACCUUUAAUCAAUGUAAGUAUUUAUUUUAAUUGUUAGAAGCAACAUUCCUUUAUUUCUAUGUAUAUUAUAAAAAAGUACAAAAUGGCAGCUGAAUUACCUCUACUAUGGCUUCAAUUAAAAAAGAAAUAGCGAUCUAGUAUCUAUUUGGGCGAGCUUACUCUAUGGGAACAAUAUUGGUGUAGUAGGCACUAAAGUGUAAAGUGAUAGACGACAUGCACGCGACGCGAGUGGUCCCGGCCCGAACCUGUCUGUCGUGAGUACAUUACAGUAAGAACCUCGUAAUAGUAAUACAAUCGCGUUAUUAUAAUACUACUUAUUCGACACAAACGAUACUGCCUGUAAAGCGUUGACUCACAUACAAAAUGCCUUAUUUCGCGUUACCUGUAUUGUGUACCUACAUUAUUAAUGAGAGGGAAAUCAUAGUAUAUAGAACAUAAAAUUAAUCGAUCUCAAUUACCGGUAAGCGUUGUUAAAGAAUACUUUAAGCGUGUUUCCGUUCCGGUGGUCAGCUGCGAGCCGUCUCGAACCUCCGUCUGUCGCUAGUGCUGACUCGCUCACUCGCAGACCGCAGUAGAACAGUAUCGUGCGUAAUAUUCAUCUCGAUGUCUCACCACACUCGCGAUGUUUCACCAUCCAUACAUUUUAUUCGAUAAAUAAGUAACUUAAGUGUCUGUUUGGUGCGUGUUGAAUGUGUCUUCUUUACAUGCCAUAAGUGUGUUGUAUAUUUACAUAAUACAUAUGUUUGGAGUUUUGGAAAUGCAUUUCUUAAUAUACGUAUAAAAUCAGCGUGACACGAUCGGGCUUGCACCGCGGACCGCGCUAGUCCGCUUAUGAAUAAUCUUCUCGAUUUACAUUGUAUCAUUUUAUUGUAGCAUUAGGCGUAUCUAAAAUAGCAAACGAAGCACAAAUGUCACUGGAGUGUCUUAGGUGUCUCUGCUGAAAUAGGGGCGUAUUGAUAACAAACACACUGCCAUUAUAAACGUAUAAUUACUGCAUGGUGCGAUCUUGUAUGCAUGUUACAGCGGUUUUUCUAUUGAUGUGUUUCAGUUGUGAACCUUAGGUGAUAGAGGUGAACAUUGAUUAAAAUCUAACGCUGCGAUACGUUGCCUUAUGAGUGAGAUGUGUGUGAGGGCGCGGCGAGGCGGGCCGCGGCCGGCCGCCGCCGCGCCCUCCGCGACCCCACGGCCGCAUCUCAAGUUUGUGACAAAUAUAACUGCCAUUCGAUAAGUAAUUGUUAUACAUCAUUCGACGCGUAGGAUUCAUAAAUAGCUUCAUAGUUUUCGGCUUCUGUCGGUGCACAGCCGGUCGUAUUUGAUACAUAUUAUUCAAUUUCGAAAUUGUAAUAGAUUUAUUAAGUAUGUAAUAAUCUCACAUGAGAAAAUAAUAAGUAAUGAGAUACCCUAAUAUAAUUUGUGUCUUAGCUGAUAAUGGAACAUUAGUAAGAUAAUAAGUUUAUAUCGCUUAACGAGAUGUGAUUGAGAAAGAUACGGCACGACGCAGCGCAGGCCGGUCCCCACCGGCCGACUGGAGCGAGACAGUUCAAGGUAGCACGAAGUUCCGCUGUUCCGAGCUGUUGCCCUUCUUUGAUGCCUUUUGAUCUAUAUUUUAGUUGAUAUUGUUCGGAAGCACUGAGUAUUGUAGUGACCAAACGUGGCACGUCCAGUCUAAUAAAUAAAUGUGGAUUUGAUAAAGUCUGCUAUGUGUCCAUUAAACUUUGUACAUAGGUACCUUUAGAUUCUAUUGUCAUAUGUUUGACAUAUGUACGUUUAAUUUUAUUCAUCUAAGAAAGUACAGAUGGCUGUUGUUAUUUUUAUAUUAUUUGGGUAGAAGUAUAUUUUUUGUAAAUGACCUCUGUAUUUAUCUUUUGUAAGCUUUGUAAGCCAUAGGGACUUAGAUUAGUGUACGAGCUACGAACAUUGUGAUUGCUAUUUACUUUGAAUUUGUAUUUACUGAGAUAUUUUUGUUCUGCGUAUAUAUUCUUCGUUUCGACAGAUAUUUCUUAAUAAUUUUUGUUACUUCAGAGUGCAAUAUGUACAAAUAUUUACAUAUUAAAUAUAAAAUGUACAGUCAAUUUUUUAGUUUUAAUGUGUCAACGCAAUAUGUUUCGCUAUUCAUUCGUUGAAUGUACAUUUGAAGGCAUAAUAACGAUAUCACAAGUGAGUUGCGCAGGCGCCGCGCCCGGCGCACGCAACACCCUCUCUCACUAUUGUGUUUCUAAUACUUAAGUGAUUAAUUUUAUAAUAGACGGACUAGGUGAUCUUUGUAUUUAAAUUUGCUAAUUUUUUGUAGCAGAUUAGAUUUGUUUACAUGAAUAAGAUGAAUAAUGUACAUUUUGAAUUGAUUUUAAAGUGAUUUAGUUGUUAUUUAGUAACGAAUUUUCUUAUUAGGUGUAACUGGCAGCCUCGUGGACUGGCUUGGAGUCCACCGAUACCAGUGCGAUGUGUGCAAUGUGUAGUAGAUACGUACGCGACGCGCACGAGCCGGGCCGGGCCGCCCGGAACCGGACCGGACGGAACCGGACCGGACGGAACCGGACCGGGCCGGCCCGUGCGGCGCCGCUCAGCCACGUCGAACGAUGGAAGGCUGAUAUUACGAGAUAAGGGCCCAUUCCGUGUUCAUCGAAACACAAUCAUUUUGUAUAAUUAUUAUUUCUUAAAUCUAUUAGUCCGCAGUAACUAUUUUACUUUCCUCCUAAUACUUUGCCUUAGUGAAUCCUGUUUUUAUUACACGAUUUAACAACAGUGGUGAAGCGAAUUAGAUAUAGGGAACAGACAUGACGACAUGUUAAAAUUUAGAGAAACGACUUUUAUAAAAGAUAAUAACUACAAAAACAAAACCAAGAAAGGUGUGUACAAAAUGAGGAAAUUUGUAUGAAACAUUGUUAAAUGCGAAUAAACUUACACCUCAAGAUAAAAUUAUAAAAAAAAUA